GCAAGAUGCGUUAUGCGCGGGGAAUGUGCGAUAGUUGGAGCAUUCGCAAAACCUUGCCCAUUUGACGGAGAAGCGAAACCCAUUUUUGAAGAUUCAUUAACACCCGAAGAGGAAGUUGAAGUAUUAAAUAAUAUAAAAUCAAGGUGUCCUGAGCUUUUAUACAAUGAGGAAGGGAUCGAGAAAAAUACUAAAGAUAUCAUCGCAUGCUGUGAUGCUGCGCAAAUUAAAAAUAUAAACCAAAACUUAAUAAUGGCAGAUGGUGUACUUGGGCGAUGUCCAAUAUGCGUUAGAAACUUUGCCAGACAGAUCUGCGAAAUGAAUUGUUCACCAAAUCAAUCAAAUUUUGUUUCAGUCGAUGUGGAGUAUACUCCAGAUGGAAUACAGUAUGUGAAUGAAAUAAAUUACAAUGUUCAUGCUGACUUCAUGGUUAAUGCUCAUGCUUCCUGUGCUGGAAUCAUUGUCCCACAGACUGGAAUGCCUGCUAUAAAUCUUAUGUGUGGUAAUGCACCUGAAUGUACACCAGAAGCAUGGUUUAACGCUACUGGAGACGCCAGAAGUAACCCCUUAAUACCCGUUCAGGUAAAUUUCUUUAAAUGGCCCACUCCAGAAGAUUCGAUGAGCGUACGUGCCCCACUGUGUAAUGAAACAAUGGAAGGCGAUUUACCUUGUAGUUGUGUAGAUUGCCACGCUAACUGUCCAACAAGUGAAAGACCACAGGGUCCUAAUAUAUGUACCGUGCUCUCUUUUAAUUGUAUUGGCUUCUCAGUAGGAAUAAUUUUCUUUGGAAUCAGCGUUAUCACGUUUACAAUCCUCACGUUUUUAGAGUACAGAAGACUGAAAAUAUCUGAUAAAAGGGACGAAAACCAUGAACAGAAUAACAUAAACGUAGUUACUAGAAUAUUUCAAAAAUUGUUUUCAGUCAUAGGCGUUUUUUCAGCUAGUAACGCGGUUUUAGUUAUAAUGAUAAUGACUUGGAUAGCGUUCGCUAUGUUAUUUGGUGUUGCACGACUAAAUUUAACAGCAAACCCAUUAGAACUCUGGUCAGGGCCAGAAUCUCGGAGUCGACAGGAGUUAAAUUUUUUUAACUCAAGGUUUGGACCAUUUUAUCGAGCGGCACAGAUAUUUUUGACCUUCAAAGGAUUAGACUCAUUUGUCGUAAACAAUGUGACAUAUGGACCUGCGUACAGAAUAGAAGCAAUCCAUGAAUUAGUGGCCCUUGAAAAUGCAAUCAUUAAUAUUGGAAGAGAAGAUGGUUCGGUUACUUUAGAAGAUAUAUGCUAUGCACCACUCCGUUUUCCAGGCGAGAAAGCAAAACUAGAGCAGUGUGUACACAUGUCAGUUUCGACUUAUCUACCUGAUAGAAUUAUAAACAACGACACAUAUCUUAGUAGUAUACAAGGCUGUCUUAAUAAUCAUUUCGCUCUGGACUGUCUAGCUGCUUGGGGAGGAGGUUCUGAUCCAGAAAUAUCUGUUGGGGGAUUUGAAGGUGACAAUAUACUACAAGCGCAUACAUUAUUGAUUAAUUUUCCUAUUGCAAAUUUCUUACGAGCUGAAGACUUGGUACCAGUGCUGGAGUGGGAGAAAAAGUUUAUAAAUUUAAUGCAUGAUUAUGAACAAAAUAUUAAAUCCGAUUUUGUUGACGUUGCGUUUGGAAGUGAGCGAUCGAUAGAAGACGAAAUUCAGCGUGUUUCAGAAGCAGAAGCAGUACCCAUAGUUAUAAGUUAUUUGCUAAUGUUUAAAUAUGUGAUCUUCGCAUUGGGCAACAUAAGGCGGUUUAAGACUUGUCUGAUUGACAGUAAAGUGACUGUAGCUAUAAGUUGUAUAAUAGUUGUACUUAUAUCUAUAUUUUGUGCUAUGGGUGUAUUGGGCUAUAUGAAUGUUACUGUAACGUUACUAGCUAUUAAUGUCAUACCAUUUUUCAUUCUGUCUGUCGGUAUAGAUAAUGUUUUCUUAAUGAUUAAUGAAUUGACCGAGGUCGAAAGCAAUUUAGAUAAGUACGAUGAUUAUAAGGAUAACUUUUCUUUUGAGAAACGGAAACGUUUUAUAUUUGGUAAAAUGAUGAACAACAUAGGGCCUUCAAUGUUUGUUUCCUCGAUUACUCAAAUAACUUGCUUUGGAAUAGGAUGUUUAACCCAAUUACCAGCUGUGAAAUCAUUUGCUAUCUUUGCUUCAUUUGCAUUAGUAUUUCUGUUUAUUUUUCAAAUAACGGCCGUAGUCGCUAUUUUAUCUAUCGACUAUAAGAGGGUUCAAAGAAACAGAUUUGACAUAUUAUGUUGUAUCCAGAAAAAAAUAUUAAAUGACGAAGAGCCUCUUCAAGAUGGCAAAGCUUACCAAAGUAUAACUAAAAGGCUCAUGGCACCCUACUCUACGUUCAUUUUAGAUUGGCGAGUUAAAAUAACGGUUGCUAUUAUUUUUAUGUUUCUGGUAUCAGGCAGUGUUAUUAUGAUCCCACAAAUUGAAGUAGGCUUAGAUCAAGAAAUGGCACUGCCACCCGACUCGUAUGUUUAUAAAUAUUUGCUUGCUGUAAAUCAAAUAAUGCGACUUGGUCCUCCAGUUUACUUUGUACUCAAAUCUGGUUUAAACUUUACAAACCCUGAUCAUCAAAACGUUAUAUGCGGUAGUCGGCUGUGUAAUGAUGAUUCGCUUGUAACACAAUUGUUCUUAGCAUCUAGAUACAGCAAUGUAACAUAUAUAGCUAGACCUUCAAAUUCGUGGCUAGAUGACUUCUUUGAUUGGGCAAGUUUACCAAACGCUUGUUGCAAAUAUAACUCUACAGAUGGUGGUUUUUGUGCUAGUAUGGAUAAUUCCCCAGAGUGUAAUUUUUGUUCUAUUGAAAGAUCAGAAUUGGCCAAUGGAUUAAGACCAGCUGGGUCCGCUUUCGAGACAUAUGUACCGUUUUUCCUGCAGGAUACACCCACUAACAUAUGUAACAGAGGCGGUCUCGCUAGUUAUUUCAGCAGUGUUAACUUUUUACUGAACUCCCAAGGGAAAGCUAAUGUGUAUGAUUCAAAUUUUAUGACAUAUCAUACUACCUUGGCAAAUUCGCAAGACUAUAUUACGGCUCUGUCGCAUGCUUACGACAUUAGUGCGGACAUAACAGCAGCUAUACAGAAGCAUACAGACCUCGAUGUAGAAGUGUUCCCGUAUUCUGUAUUCUAUGUAUUUUUUGAACAGUAUUUAACUAUGUGGGGUGAUACCUUCGAAUCUCUUGGCUAUUGCCUGCUGGGUGUUCUUUUUAUAAAUUUGGUUGUAACAGGGCUUAAUAUUUUAAUAUCUGUUGCGCUAGUCAUCACUGUUAUAAUGAUACUAGUUGAAAUGAUGGGCGUGAUGUAUUUGUGGAGUAUACCACUGAAUCCCGUGUCGUGCAUCAACUUGAUUGUCGCUAUAGGUAUAUCGGUAGAAUUCUGCAGUCAUAUGGCCUACGCCUAUGCCACUAGCUCUCGUCCACCGAGUGAAAAAGUCCGUGAUGCUAUUAGAAAUGUUGGAAAUACAAUUAUCACGGGUAUCACUCUUACUAAUAUACCCAUUAUUGUACUAUACUUUUCCUAUACACAAAUUAUUGAAGUAUUUUUCUUCAGAAUGCUCUUCAGUUUGGUAAUUUUAGGUUUUAUACAUAGUAUGAUUUUUUUCCCAGUAUUGUUGAGUUACAUGAAUGAUUUAAAAUACAGAUAA